CCCACGGGGAGGGGCUCGGCGGCCCCAGGGCAGGAGGAGUGGGCUGCAGCCAGCAGUCGCAGGCCGGGGCAGGGGGAGCCUGGCUCGGCGCGGGAAGGCAGCGUGGCUGCCCCGGGGCGCCCUGCACCCCUGCAGUGUGUGUGCGGGGCAUCCCCGCACUAUCCCACGGGGGAAGCGGAGUCGGGGCAGAGUGAGGGGCGCCCCCCCCCGCCUGUUCUCUUGGGGGCGCUGGGUGUGUGUGUGGAGCGACUCGCUCAUUACCGCCUUCUGGGCCAUGCAAGAAGUGGGGAUGUGGGAGCAUGGCCACUAAGAAAUUAAGAAGAGCAGGGUUAUCUCAGGAACUUUGUGACAGGUUGAGUCGGCAUCAGAUCAAUACCUGUCAGGACUUUCUGUGUCUUUCACUCUUGGAGCUAAUGAAAGUGACUGGACAAAGUUAUUGGAAUGUACGGAAGCUUCUUUGCAAAGUCAGCUUAGCUUGUGCUCCGAAAAUGCAGACUGCUUAUGAGAUGAAAAUGAAAAGGGCUAUCAAUCCAUCCUCAGCCUUCUUAUCCACUACACUAGAUGGUUUGGAUAAAGCCCUGCAUGGUGGGGUGGCCUGUGGAUCCCUCACAGAGGUAACCGGCCCAGCAGGUUGUGGCAAAACUCAGUUUUGUCUUAUGAUGAGUGUACUGGCUACUCUGCCUAUCAGCAUGGGAGGACUAGAUGGGGCUGUCAUAUACAUUGACACAGAGUCUGCAUUUGGUGCUGAAAGGUUGGUUGAGAUAGCAGAACACCGUUUCCCUAAUUAUUUUGGCACAGAAGAAAAGCUGUUUUCAAUGACCCGUAGCAUUCAUCUCUAUCGGGAACUCACCUGUGACAGUGUGCUGAAAAGGAUUGAGACUUUGGAAGAAGAAAUCAUUUCUAAGAAGGUUAAGCUUGUAAUAAUUGACUCUGUUGCUUCAGUGGUCAGAAAGGAGUUUGAUACGAAACUUCAAGGCAACCUGAUGGAGAGAAGUAACUUUCUGGCUAGAGAAGCAUCGUUGUUGAAGUACUUGGCUGAGGAAUUUUCAAUACCAGUUAUCUUGACAAAUCAGAUUACCACACGGCUGAGUAAUGGCCUUGAUAUCCAGGCAGACCUGGUGUCUCCAGCUGAUGACAUGUCCCUGUCUGAAGUUUCAGGAACAUCUGGGAGCAAGGACAGGGAAUCCAGCUAUGUGACAGCAGCACUGGGGAACACAUGGAGUCACAGCGUCAACACCAGGCUCAUACUACAGUAUCAUGACUUGCACACAAGACAGGUCCUGGUUGCUAAAUCUCCCGUUGCUCCAUUCUCAGCUUUCUUCUACACCAUUGAAAAUUCUGGUCUGGUUCUUCAAGAUGGAAAGGACCACCCAGAUGCCAGCUGGGAAGGCUCCAGUCCUGUACUGCAGGCCAUAAGAGUGAGAACCAAUAUCUUGAAAGAUAGCUUCCCCGGUUCCACUGCUGAAACCCUCAAGCUAGCACAACCCAUAUGAAGAAGAAUGUGUCUCAGCUGGAGAGAGGCAUGACACAGAUAUUUUGCCUAAUGUGAUUUCUUUAAAUUCCUAUGAAGCACUUUGUGGAAUUGCUGCUUCUUUUACCUCUGAACAGAGUGACUUUGAAUGUGGUUCUUGUUCUUUGCCAUAUUAUAUUUAGUGAUAUAAAAAUUCUGUGUUAGUUCUGGUUAAUUUAGGUGACAUGCUGAAGAAAGAUGCAGGAUUGGUGCUCUAAAAUAGGUACAGCUCAGGCUGUGGCAUCACAUGCAUCCUCAUCUUACCAUGGCCUUGCCAAUGGGCUUCCUGACCUGGAAGACCCACUUCCAAGAGUGAGAGGGGAAUUCAAUUAGUCCUGAAAUGUCAGUUCACAAUCUCCAGGGAAAUGUUGAACCCACCAGUUGGUUUGACUAAAGCACAGCAGUUCAGUGGCUCUUGAGUCUAUCAUGUACUUUAGAAUAAUCUUAGCCUAUAUUUUCCACUGAAUGCAUCCGAUGAAGUGAGUUGUAGCUCACAAAAGCUUAUGCUCAAAUAAAUUUGUUAGUCUCUAAGGUGCCACAAGUACUCCUUUUCUUUUAGCCUGUUGUGUAUCAAAGUGAAAUCUAAUUAUAGGCUUGUGGCAAUUCAGGGUUGAGGGAGAAAGUGUAGCAAUGAUUGCAGUCUCGUCCUUCUCGUGGCUAAAUUCUAGAAGAUUAGUGUGUAUGUCCACAGGUCAGCUUUUUCCGUCUUCAAAACACUUUACAUUCACAACACCACUGCAAGGAAGGAAAGCAAUUGUUACCCAUUUUACAGGUGGGAAAACAUGACCUAUUCAAGAUCACACCUGGUCUACACCUAAAAAUUAGGUCGACCUAGCUACAGCACUCAGGGAAGUAAAAACUUUUCCAGCCUAUGCAACACGGUUAGAGCAACCUAACCCUCACUGUAGACGCACCUAGGUUGAUGGAAGAGAGAUGGAUUUAUUACAGCAAUAGCGAAAGCCCUUCUGUCAAUGUAGGAAGUGUUUUCACUACAGUGGAACAGCUGCAGCAUUGUAACUGCGCCGCUGUAGCAUAGACAUGGCCUGAGCUGGGAUUACAAAUUCCUGGCUCCUAAUUCUCUGCAAGCACAAACCAUGCCCAUCUCUCCACAACUAGGGAGAUCACUCAUCUGGUUUUGAACUGGACAGCUCUCUUUUGGGGUGGUUUGUCCACUAUCCAGUACUGGGACAAAAACCAGACAUGAUAUUGUCCAGUAUCGGAUGGGGGCCACUAUUUUUCAGAGUGCUUUGCUCUGCCCGCUCUGGCGUGACAUUGAACACACCAUGCACUGAUCACAAAGAGAAAACCAAGUGAAGAAAUGCAAAAUGAGGAAUCCAGAAAAAUGCUACAUGGCUGAAGAGAGGUUUUCCCUUUAGGGCCAUUCCACUCCAGCCAAUGUUGAUAGUGAGUGAAAGUCAUUGCCAUUUGCUGGCUGUUGGGUGGUCUUUGUGAAUGAGCCAAUAGCAGAGGUGGAUUAAGGUCUCUUUGGGCCCUGGGCCAAAGCAAGCGGGGGGGGCGCUGAUGCCAGAACUGUGGCCCUGCCCCACCCCUUCCUCCUGCUGCUCCGCCCCUUCCACCUGUGGCCUCGCCCAUGGCCCCACCCUAUUCUGCCCCUUCCCCCAUGGCCCCUCCCCAUUCUACCCAUAGCCCUGCCCCACUCCACCCCGUGAACCCCACUCCCAUUCCACCCUUUCCCCUGCAUCCCCGUUCCCCACUCACUCCUUUCUGCCUCCCCCCGCUGCAGCCCCAAGACCAGAGAAGCUCUGGCAGCGGCGCGGUGCGAGAGCUCCUCCAUCCCCAGGGCCGCUGUGGGAACCCCUAGGCAUGGCCCCACAGGCCUGUGCAGUAAUCCUCCAUUGGCAAUAGCCUCAAUCCAGUUCCUAGUGGACAAUUGCUCGCAUCUCAAAAAUGCCAUGACAUGUGUCACUUACUGACAUUCACGUUGGCAGUCCCAGCAGAGAGGCUAAGCAUGCGAUGGGGCACAGAAAAUAAUCUUCCUUCUUACUUAGUAAGUUGGGAGAGCAACCUGGAGAAGAGUGCUCUGCAUAUACACACUCUCUUUCUCACACUCCUCUCUCUGGAAGUAGCCAUUGCUAUAGUUGCCAAGCAUGUUAUUCCAUUUCAAUAGGCUACUUCAUAAAAUUUCCAAAAUGCUUCUUGGGGAAGAGAAACUCCCUGGCUGUCGUGUUAUUGUUGGGUACUUUGAGGAGGCUUUUUUUAUUUUUAAACCAAAGUCGAAGUUUUCAGCUUGACGAUGUUGUCUGCCAUGGCCGCUUUUUAAUAAGGUCCCGCUGGGCUAGUAUGUACCCAUUUCACGUGAGUAGCUUAUACAUGUUUGGUAGCACAUUCAGAUGCAGAAGUGUUUCUGCUCUUACCGGAGGCGGUGUUAGCCACUGGGGGCCCUAAACAGGAAUAUUACACACACACACACCCCCUCGAGCUGCUCAGGGUCCUAAGCAAUUGCUUAGUCUGCUUAUGCCUAGCGCCAGCUCUGGCUCUUACAGUCACAUGCCUGAGUCCAGGACCUUUCAGAACUACAAAAGGCUGAAGGGCAGGGAAAAUUCCAUCGAGAAGCAUUCAGGUCGCCAAGAAACAGCCAGGAUCUGUUUAGGCUUAAAACGCCUUGUUGUUUUGGGGGGGAGGUAGAGAAGGGGAGCACAUAGCUUUUAAAUGUUGAAAUGCAAGGAUUGUUUAACUGAUUUAUCCUUCAUUAUAGGAAUGUUAUGCUUGGGGGGGGCACUAAGCUUUUUAAUAUUUCUAAGGAGUUAGAGUGUUUUUUGAACAUUCUUGUAUGCAGUGAUGUUGUAGCUGUGCUGUUCGCAGGCUAUUAACGAGACAAGGGGUGUGAAUAAAAGAUAUUACUUCACCCACCUUGUCUCUCUAACAUCCCCCACAUUUUCAAACCUUAAUAAUUAUACUUCCCCUUCUGUGAUGUGACGGCCUCAGCACUCCCUGAAUAACAGCCCCUGUACUCCUUGUUCAUCCCCUGGGAAGCACAGAGACCUGCUGACUACUGCUCCCCCUUGGGAUUAAGAUGACGAAAAUGGAUGGUGGGGAGCCAAGGUCAGAGCUCUGUCCCCCUCUGCACUAGCUCCCAGGGUGGGGCUGGUGCACCAGUGAGAGCAAUCUGAGGCACAAUCUCUCCAGUGUUUCUGCUGGGCCUGGCCAGUUCUGCACCACCACCGCACAGACAGAGCUGUGGCAUAAAUGUCACAACCAAGCCCAUAUUACCAGAGAAGCCUGCUUUUGCAAGGAAAUUAACCAGAUGAACCAAUAAUUCUCUUCUGUUCCUAUUCCUGUGAUUCCAUGGCCCUACAAACACAUGAUGUACUCAAUUCCUGCUGCAUCCCAUGCUAUGAAUCUUGCAACUAGACUGCUGCAGCCGUCUCCUUUCUCCUCUCUAAGGACAAUAGUAAAAUCCACCAGCCACUUCCUGCACUAAUUGGAUCAGGUUCUCUCUAAGAAAUUAAUUGCCAGUUGAACAGAUUUGUUUCCACUAUGGGUGAGCAAAAAAAGAGCAUGAACAUGAUUUAUUGUGUGAAAGGGACCACUACAGGUUUGUAGUUCAAAAGGCCUGGACUGAUUUCUUUUCUCUUUUCCUCCCCUAUCCAAAUUCCUCUGUAAGCAGAUAUGCAAAAGGGCACAUACUGAGUUAAACUGACUUUUUGAAGGCUUCUCACACUGUACAAACAACUUCUGAGGCCAGUCAGGAGCCAAACCAGCAUGUAGCAGUUCAUUCCAGCACUUGUAGAGGAAAGAGGGUGAAAGAAAAUUAGAUCACUCAAGGACAGCUUCCUCCUGUUUCUUCUAUGUCCCACUACGCCCCCAGGCCUAUGACCUGCUAAUGUCCUUUUCCUCUUUGUGACGUCAUGCCCCAGUUAAGAUAAUGGCAUGUUUGUACAUUUCCAUAGCACCUUCCACUGUAAAGGAUCCAAAGUGCUUUGAAAAUUCUUUUCACAGCACUCACUUCGUCCAUCACUGAAAUGCAGCCAGGUCUGAAAUGCAGCAACAUGGCAGCCACUUAACAGUGCCUAGCAACGCUACACAGCUGUUGAAGACAAGAAGGGAAGAUGUCUAUACACAAAUGCAGCUACAGGGACAAUUUUACAUAGGAAGGAUAUAAAUAGCAGAGUUGAAAUUUGGCCAGAAUGCUGGGGUUAACAAACCAACUCUUGCUGGUAAUGCGUUGGGUUCUGUAAUAACCACAACUAGUGAGUGCCUCUGAUUUUCAUCUCAUCUGAAUGACAUCAGAAUAGUGCCCCCUAUUAAUGUGCUUGGGCAUUGCUUCAACACAGAUUCAAAAGGAAGCAUGCCUGACUCCACUGUACCACCCAGCUACUGCCCAAUGCCAACAGCAGCAGACAGGCUCAUAGCCCAAAAGGGAUAUGGCAUGGAUUGCAUCACACUUUUACAGUAAAAUAAUCCACCUCACACAUGCACUCUGGGAGCCUGGCUGCUCAGCUGGCCCGUAACUAGGGGGCUGCACACUUUGUGGCUUUGAUAGGCCAAGCGCAUUGCACACAACAAGGACUCCUUGCACCGCUCCAUUACCUCCCACAAGUUCCCUGUGUGCCACCCUCUCCCUAUAUUUCUGGGAUUCCCUGCAAUGCCCACCACACCUCCUCACCAGUGGUGGAUUUCCCGUGAAACAGACCGUGCGGUGGCAUGGGGCCCCCAGCGACAGGGGGCCCCAAAAUGCAGGACAAAUCUGACAAAUGACUGAAUUUAAUAAGCAAGUCGCGAAGCGGUCCAGGCUUUCUGCAUUCUGCCAACUGUGCUCCAAACUUGUUUUUUUUGAAGUAGUCUAGCAAAGAAUUUUGCCUUGCCAUUUUUUUCGCUGUCUCAGCAAUAGCAUAACAGCAACUAAGGGAAAUUGUCAUUUGCCAAUCAAAGUCUGUCUGCUUGACCAAUUAUCCAAUUGAACAAAAGCACCCCCCCACACACACUUUGCAACAAUCCUUGUGAUUUGUCAUUAAAAACACGGGAUUAACUGCAUUAAACCUAAUUGGGUGGUCCACGGCCCACCAAGACCCAUCCGUGGCUAUGCCCCUGCUCUUUCAGACAUUUUUAAUCUGCCUAAAAUCAAGGUCAGUUUUUUAGCAACAAUGAAGCAACACUGAGUCUGGCAG